AUACCGCCGGCUGUUAAAGAGCAGUUGGUUAACCAACCGCCACUUUAGCGCUUCGCCACGCCCGCACAAAAAUCCAGCAUUAUCUCCAUAAAUCUCCCUCCAAAAUUAUGCGCUCUGUCCUCUGCAAAUCAUUCCUCUCUCUGCAUCCUAAGCACCGCCCAUCGUCAAUUUCUCACUUCGCCAUGUCCACCGCCGUUCCCGCCGCCAGAGCACGCAUCAGAGGGGUGGUCUUCGACAUGGACGGAACCCUAACGGUCCCGGCCAUCGAUUUCGCGGCGAUGUACAACGCCGUGCUCGGCGAGGACGAGUACCGGAGAAUCAAGGCCGAGAAUCCUUCGGGCAUCGACAUUCUCCACCACAUCGAGAACUGGAGCCCCGACCGGCAGCGGAAGGCUUACGAGAUCAUUGUUGAUCACGAGCGCCAGGGCCUCGACCGCCUUCAAAUCAUGCCUGGUGCUGCAGAGCUAUGUGGGUUUCUGGAUUCGAAGAAAAUCAGGUUUGGGUUCUCGAGUUAUGCCGUAGAAUUUGCUGAUAAUACUUAGCUGCGAUAUGCGUAAAGAAGUUAGUGUCAUGGAAGUCUUAGUUGGUAAUUCUUCAGGAGGGGGCUAAUCACUCGAAACUUCAAGGAAGCUGUUGAUCUUUUUCAUUCCCGAUUUGGGGUAAGUGCGUUGCUUCUUGUGAUGGGCGUUGAAUGACUCUGCCUUGCUGUUGGUUUCUUCUGAACUGACUGCCACCAUGGGGAGUCUGAAUGGUGAAAGGCUAGAGUUCGCUGCUUACCAUCAUGGAAACUUCCAUAAAAUUACCUUCAUAAAAAAGCUUUGCUGUUUCCAUUUGGUUUGUAAGUUAUAAGUUGUGAUUGAUUGGUGGCCUGGCUGGUGCAUGUGUUGACAAAGUAUUUUGGUUUGACCCCAACUGCACUACGGUUUCUGCUGCUUCUUUCUUUGGCUGUAACAGAAGUAGUGCAAAUGCUCACAGUCACGGUCAAUGUUUGCCUUUUCAGUUAUCCAGACUUUGCUCUUUGCAAUAAGCAAUUCCUAUUUUCAUUUUUCAGCUUUGAAUUCAGAUAGAGGGUUUCAAUCUUGUUUGUGGUGGGUUCUUUGCUGCAGAGGCCCUUUUCUCCAGCAUUGAGCAGGGAGUUCCGUCCUUGUAAACCAGACCCGGCUCCUCUACUGCAUAUCUGUUCAGCAUGGGAUGUUCAGCCCGAUGAGGUCAUAAUGAUCGGUGACAGCCUUAAAGAUGAUGUAAGUCAUAUCAUCUGCAUCCCGUCUUCCUCUUCUCUUUUAUUGUUCACCGCUCCUGCCAUUUCCAUUCGAUUCGAGUACCUUUCUUGGAAUUCCAUUUAUUAAUUGAACAAGGUACUACCAUUAUGCUUUGGUUCUUUCAUGCUUGCCAGAAUGUAGUUUUGCUUUGCUCUACUAGUCUUUGAUUAUCCAUGUCUCUUAUGUGGCUAAUUUGCAGGUGGUUUGUGGCAAACGCGCUGGGGCAUUCACAUGUUUGCUUGAUGAAAAAGACAGGUAUAGCCCUGAUGAUUUCGCAGAGUUGAAUCUCGAACCAGACUUCAAAGUGGCAUCCCUGACUGAAGUUCAGCAGGUGUUGGAGUCGAAGUUCGAUCUGCUCCCAUGAUUAUCUGACUCCUGUUAGAUUUGUCAGGACUAUUGAAGGUGGUGAGAAUCUUUUUUUUAGCAUAUGCACCAUAGGAUGAAGAAGCAUCUUUUUGGAAGAGAGUGACACUAAUGUCGAGCAGUAUAUGAAUCAAAAAGCAAGAGACGGCACUCUUUGAGAAGAUAGUGAAGGUUUACUGCUUUUGUGCUUCUUUCAGUUCUCCAGCCAAACAAAAAUUGAGAAGCUUCGCCCACCGUGGGGCUCGAACCCACGACCACAAGGUUAAGAGCCUUGCGCUCUACCGACUGAGCUAGACGGGCU